UCGACAGUGGUAUUUGACACUCUCCUCAAGUGUAUUUAGUGUUACUUAAGACUUCUCAACUAUUAGUGUCUCUCAGUUUUCUGUAAAAGAAAAAAAAGCGAAAAACGUCAAAAGAAAAUUUAAUAAAUUUUUCAAGUGUGAUUUUAAUAAUAAUAAUUAAAUUUUGUGUUAAUUGAGUAAUUCGUAAAUUCAUGCAAAUUGGAUAUUAUUUCAAGAUUACGUGAUUAGGUUUUUGCUUCACCGAAAAAUCCAAAAAAAAAUAAUGGAGGAAGAAGAAGGUGGAUCAGGACACAAAAAUGCCUUUAUAAAAUUCUUCUCCUUCACAAAUCCAGCGGUGAAGAAGCUUCUCGGUUGGAAGCAGGGCGACGAGGAGGAAAAAUGGGCCGAGCGUGCCGUCGACGCUCUCGUGAAGAAAUUAAAGAAGAAAAAAGGUUCCCUCGACGAAUUAGAGCGGGCACUCAGUAAUCCCGGUGUACCAAGUAAAUGCAUAACAAUUCCCCGCAGUCUCGAUGGUCGCCUUCAAGUAUCACAUCGCAAGGGCCUCCCUCACGUCAUCUAUUGUCGUGUAUGGCGUUGGCCCGAUCUGCAAUCACACAAUGAAUUAAAAUCCAUUGACUCCUGUCAAUUUCCAUUUAAUGCAAAAAAACCCGAAGUCUGCGUCAAUCCCUAUCACUAUAAACGUGUCGACAUUCAAAUGUUACCGCCAAUUCUCGUGCCAAGACACUCGGAAUAUCCACCCGAUCAUUCACUGCAACCAUUUCAACAGGCCUCCACCGAAUAUAUGAUGCCAAAAAAUAUGACGUGCUCGAAUAAUGGUUUUACUUCGAUUCCAAGUCCUGGGAGUAUUCCAAGUAUUCCAAGUCCAGGCGCUGGACAACCGGCGAGAUAUUCGUCACCUGAUUUAUUCACCUCGGGUCUUCCUACGCCGCCCAUGGAGACUUCACUGUCGAAUCUUGAACAGGCCUUUGUUCCACAAAAUUUUGGCAAUGAUGUCGAUUUUGCCACCGAUUUCAGUCAAUAUUUGAGUGCGAAUAAUUGCGACAAGUUUCAGUCGCAACAAUUUUCGCCGUAUCAUCAACAGCAGCCACAGAAUCAUCAGCUGAAUAAUCAACAUCAACAGAAUCAUCAACAGCAUCAACAGAAUCAUCAACAGCAUCAACAGAAUCAUCAGCAGCAUCAACUGAAUAAUCAACAGCAUCAACUGAAUAAUCAGCAGCAUCAACUGAAUAAUCAUCAUCAUCAACAGCAUCAGCUGAAUAAUCAGCAGCAUCAACAGAAUAAUCAGCAGCAUCUACAACAGACAAUAAAUCAAUCAGUGAAUAAUCCAACGGCAAAUAUUGUUUCAAAUCAAGUGGCACAAGUUUGUUAUCAGGAACCACAAAAUUGGUCGACAAUUUCCUACUAUGAAUUAAAUGUCCGCGUUGGUGAGGUAUUCAAUUGUCAGUCGAAUAAUAUAAUUGUCGAUGGUUUCACGCAUCCAAAUAAUUCGGCGCGCUUUUGCUUGGGACAAUUGUCGAAUAUUAAUAGAAAUUCAACGAUUGAAAAUACAAGGCGACAUAUUGGAAAGGGUAUUAGUUUUCAUUAUGUGAAUGGUGAAGUUUAUGCGAAAUGCCUAUCGGACUAUUCGGUGUUUGUUCAAUCGAGAAAUUGUAAUCACGCGCAUGGUUUUCAUUUGAGUACGGUGUGUAAAAUACCGCCAAAAUGUUCGUUGAAAAUUUUCAGCAAUCAAGAAUUUUGGUCAUUACUACAGGAGACGGUUAAUCGUGGCUAUGAGGCAGUUUACGAGUUGACGACAAUGUGUCUCAUUAGAGUAUCAUUUGUAAAAGGUUGGGGAGCGGAAUAUCAUCGUCAGGACGUUACUUCAACACCAUGCUGGAUCGAAGUGCAAUUAAAAGGACCAUUACAAUGGUUAGACAGAGUCCUCAUAGAAAUGGGAUCGCCUCAAUUUGCAAUAGGUUCCAUGUCGUAACUGUAAACAAAAAAAAAAACAAAAAUUAUUCAUAAAUCGUGCCUUAAUCUGUAAA